CCUUGGUUUACCCACAGUGCAGCUAGUCUGAUUGCUUACAGGUGAUGUACCAGAGGACCUUGAUUCAUCAAAAAUCGCUGAGUUUCUGGAAAACAAACAGAGGGUUGGGGCAGAGACCAGGGACCAGGAAAGGGCUGAGAACUAUAGAGAGUGUGGGAGCUAACAACCUGUGAUCUAACCGUCCCCACCCCCAACCUCAGCAAAUCACCAAAAACUAAAUCUAGAAAUCCCGUGUUCUGAGUGGCUAUUUUGAGAACUGGCUGGAGAGGGGGGAGGGAGGAGGGGCAGGAGGUAGAAGACUCAGCAUAGUGCUUUUCAGCAGAAGCGCCCUCUCAUACAUUUAAGCCAAAUGGAGCUGGGAAGCCCUGGAGGACCAGACAGCAGCUGAGCCAUGACUCCAUUCCAGGCCUAUUACCCAUCCAUGGCCUGCUUUUGCGGUAUGGGCGAACCUCUUGUGAUGACGGCGUACCAGAGUGGAGCGUGUCAACUUAAUACCAAAACAUCCCCAGCAACCAACCAGGCACCUGGCCCAGAGGAAAAGGGGAAAGCUGGUGGUGCCAAGAAGGCUGAGGAGGAGGAGGAGAUCGACAUUGAUCUGACAGCGCCAGAAACAGAGAAGGCUGCCCUUGCUAUUCAGGGCAAGUUCCGGAGAUUCCAGAAAAGGAAAAAGGAUCCUAGCUCCUGAAUAACCAGCCUUGUCCUUCACUCUCUCCCUUUUCUCCCCUUCGCUGCAGUUCUGACUCCUAUGUGUCUUUGUCUCUUUGUCCCUCUAGCCUCUUGUUGAGGCAAGUUCAAUCCUUAUAUAUUAUUUUCUCUGGUCCCCCCCAAGCCAUCGCAACAGUGGAGGCACAAGGAACGUGGGGGAGGAUGAAGAAUUCAAUUGGCAGCCACUUGCCUGAGGGUAGACCAGUUUGUCCUUGGGACAAGCCUCCUUGACCAGCACCUAUGUCUGCCCCAUGAGGUUGAAGAGCAAGAGGCUUUGAGGUUGAGAGAGGGACCCCUGGCAGUCGGCGGGGGGGGAAGCAGUCAGAGUAGGGUGCCUGAGGGGGGGCCUAGGCACUGUUCCGCCAGUUACAACAGUCACACUUCAGGUAACGUGUUUCUGCUCUUCACAUCCUUCUGCACCAACACAUCCUCCUUCCCUCCUAUGAGCUAAGCGACUGUGGGGACCGGAGCCUCCCUCUCCUCGAGGCCAACCCAGAUCAAGCACCUUCCACAUUAGUGCAUGCUGAGUAGAUGAGUUCCAAGGCAGGGAGCCUGGGACGGGUGGAGGCCAGAGAAAGUUGCCUUCACCGUCCAGUCUAGGACCAUCAGGGGCAGAGGCAGAAGAGGUUUCAAAGGGCCGCGGGCAGGGAGAUGGGCCUAGAGUAGAUUUGGGGGGGAAAGAGAGGUAAGGACGGGGAGCUUUCUGGAAACACAGCUACUGCCGGUAGACGGGUACUACGUGUACUAGACAAAGGAUUUCUGCUACCCUGCCUACCUCUAACUUCCCAAAUCCAGCCAUCCCUAGAGGCCGCGCCAACCAAGGGACCCCUGUAGUUUCCACCUGCCCCACUGCGGAGUCAGAGCAGAAGUGGAAUAGCCACUCUGUGUGAUUCGAGCAUGUUUAAUCAUGACUAAAAAAGAAAAAACCCCAGUGGGGUCAUCUAACCUCUACUUCUGCUUUUUUCUUGGGAGGAAUGCGAAUGUAAGCCUGAGCUGGCCUCAAGGAGGGUGGGAGACUGACCGCAUGGACCACACCCUGGCACAGGAACUGAACACGUAGACUGAAGCCCACCCCUGCCUCCCCCGCCCCCGGACCUUGCCCUCACCUUGAUUCACCGCCGACACGGUCUCUGUCUGAGGCUGUCACCGCCCCCGUGCACACCUGUGAGGCUGCUCACCACCUCCCUGCUCGCCUUCCGGCUCAGAGCACGCUUGGGAUCUAUGCCUUGGAAAACAAACCCAACCUUCCUUGCUCCCUAUCCCCAAAUGACCUGUCCACCCUGUCCCCCCUGCUCUGUCUUCCUCCCACAUUCCCUCUCCCUCCCACUGUUUCUCUAACUUAGGGGAAGGAGAAGAUGACUCUGGAUCCGAGAGAGCACCACUGACGUGCUGAAGAUUUUAAACCGUGAAUUAAAUAAAAUGAUGGCAUUCAGGGCCGCUUGCACUGCU